GAAACGGGUUCUGAAGACUCACUCGGGUGACGGAUGUGUGGGCGCUGCCUGAAGGGUUGAUCGCCUAAGUGUCCCUGCAACAGGCGCUUUGGACCUGAAGACUUACGGUCCGCUGUGCCCGUCCUCCGCCAUGGCCGCGCUGGAUUGGUAUGCGCACAAGGCUCUGGGAGACGGCGUGUACUGGAUCCAGGAGCGCUACUACGAGUCCGGCAACAGAGCCAACAUCUGGCUGGUUCGCGGCUCCCAUCAGGACCUAGUGAUUGACACCGGGCUCGGGUUGCGGAGUCUGCCGGAGUACCUGUGCUCGUCAGGACUGCUUCCAAACGGCCGGGAAGGAGGAUCCGGCCGCCGGCCCCUCAUGGCUGUGGCGACCCAUGUUCACUUUGAUCAUGCAGGUGGGCUGCACCAGUUCGGGCAGGUGGCGGUACACCGGCUGGAGGCCGAAGCCCUGGCCCGCGGGGAUAACUUCGAGACGGUGACUUGGCUGUCGGACAGUGAGGUGGUGAAGCCGCCAACCCCGGGCUGGAGUGCCAGUCAGUUCAAGGUGCAGGCGAUGAAACCCACGCACGUCCUGGAAGAUGGUGAUAUUAUCAGCCUUGGUGACAGACAACUUACUGUAAUGCAUAUGCCUGGUCACUCAAGGGGCAGUAUUUGCCUGCAUGACAGAGGCCGAAAGAUUCUCUUCAGUGGAGAUGUGGUAUACGAUGGCUCCGUGAUUGACUGGCUUCCUUACAGCAACAUCAGUGACUAUGUCAGGUCUUGCGAGCGUCUCAAAGGACUGGUAGAUAUGGGUCUUGUGGAGAAAGUGCUCCCGGGCCAUUUCAACACCUUUGGGGCAGAAAGGCUUCACCAUUUGGCUUCCAACUAUAUAGCUAAUGCUGGAGUGUGUCACAAAGUAUCAACUUGCGCUGUCAGGUCAUUUGCAGGACUGGCUUUACGGGUAACCAAUUCUAGGAGGUGACUUAUUUGUCGCGCCAUUUGGAACCAUACAAAAGAAAAAAAAAAUGCUAUGCAAACAUCAGUUAAACCAAACAAAACACGAAGUGUAAAUGUAAGUUGUGUGUAAACUACGUAGGGUUAAAUGAAAAUUCCCAUGUUUGCUUACAUCAUAGUAAUUGAGGCUAAUGCUUAAUUACACUGUAAAAUGUCCAAGGAAAUACUCAAUAGUAUUGAGUCGUGACCAAACAGGGGAUGUGGCUUAACCAAGACUUUGUAGGAGUGUACAGUGCUAUGAUGGCACUAUACAAAUCAAUAAAUAGUUUAAUGUGUGAUACCUUCAGACAUGCCCCACAUUUUGCGCUUGGACAUUAGGUAGGAAGGAACCCAUGAAGUUUGCCCUCAUUCAUUUUUUUUUUCUUCUUAUUCCAGUAUUUUAAGUUGAAUGAAUGUGUAUAGCAUUGCCUGGCAACAGCCAACCUAUGGCUGUUUUGA